AUGCCUGUUGAAACAAGUGGAGAGAAGUUCAGCGUCGCCGAAUUAGAGAAGACCACCCCAAUCCAAGAUGCGGCUGCAGAAGAGUAUCCUACUGGUGCGAGCCUAGCCAUAAUCACAAUCGGCUUAUUCCUUGCCGUUUUGUGCUUCGGACUUGAUCGCUCAAUCUUGGGAACCGCAAUUCCGGUAAUCACAUCCGAAUUUAAGUCUCUGCCGGAUGUAGCGUGGUACGGCUCCGCCUACCUCUUCACCAUGUGUUCGUUCCAGCUCUUCUUCGGUAAAUUGUACGCCGAGUUCAACGCCAAAUGGGUCUUCCUUGUUGCUCUCUUCAUCUUCGAGGUGGGGUCCAUUGUCUGCGCCGUGGCUCCGAGCUCCGUUGUUCUCAUUGUCGGCCGAGCCAUUUCCGGAGUCGGUGCAGCCGGACUCAUGUCCGGUGCUCUCAUUAUCUUGGCUAGAAGCGUGCCUCUCCACCGACGCCCGCAGUUCACCGCGGCAGUCGGCGCAGCGGGCGGAAUCUCUCAGUGCAUAGUGCCGACUCUUGGCGGCGUCUUUGUUGAUAAGGCUACUUGGAGAUGGUGCUUCUGGAUCAAUCUUCCUCUCGGCGGUGUCACCUUCCUGGUUGUCCUCUUCCUCCUGAAGCUGCCGGCGCCGCCGAAGAAGGAGACACAAAGCGUACGAGAGUUUAUUUCAAACUUUGACCUGGUUGGAACAUUGCUUCUUAUUCCUUGGAUCAUUUGUCUCCUCCUCGCCCUGCAGUGGGGCGGAACCGAAUAUCCCUGGAGCAGCUGGCGCAUCAUCCUGUGCUGGUGCCUCUUUGCGGUCUGCUUCCUCUCAUGGGCGUUUGUCCAGUACCGUGAGGGCGACAAAGCCACCGUCCCGUUCCGCAUCCUCUUCCAGAGGUCAAUGGCCUGUGCUUGCUGGCUUAUGCUUCUUCUGUUCUCACUCCUCUUCAUCGAAGUCUACUAUUUCCCUAUCUGGUUGCAGGCUAUCAAGAACCACUCCGCCUAUCAGAGUGGUAAAGACUUGUUGGCAUCAUCUGUUUCUUUGUCGGUGGCGACAAUUCUUUCUGGAUUCCUGACAAGUCACAUCGGAUACUACGUUCCGCAACUCAUCGCCUCAUCUGUUAUAACCUCUGUUGGAACGGGGUUAAGCUACUCGUUUAACGAAAACACGAAUUCAGGCUUUUGGAUUGCCUCACUCAUCCUUUUGGGAGUAGACGUGGGUCUGGGCGGGCAACAAACGUUGAUAGCAGUUCAGACCGUGUUCCAAGGUCGUGACGUAGCCCUGGCAACGUCUCUCUUGAUCUUCCUGCAAAGUCUCGGCGGUACCGUAUUUUUGGCCGUCGCUCAGAACAUCCUCCACUCGCGACUUAUCUCCGAGUUGAACCGAAACGUCCCUAAGGUAAACCCGGCAGUCGUCAUUGACGCGGGCGGUUCCGGACUGGUGGAGUCGAUGCGGAGGAUCUACCCGGAUUCGGUCGACGGCAUCGUCGGAGCCUACAACAAGGCUCUCCAGAACGUGUUUCUGAUUGCCACCGUCCUCGGAUGUUUGACGUUCUUCGGUUAG